AGCACGUGCGACCGAUCGCGCAUUUACGCGGAGAACGUGAACGCGCGUGUAUCGUUCCGUCUUUGGUUUAUACGGAAGUCGACUUUACCGAUCGAAGGUCAGGUCAUCCGUGUUUGGCGGCGAGCUUACGCCGAAGAGCUUGCUUUCGUGUAACCUAUUGGUGGCCCGAUACGUUCAUAGGUGUACGGGUGUUGGCUAUCGAUCCCGCUGUCCCGAUUUCCUGCAUGUUCAUUGGCGCCUUGGUUGCGAACAGAGUGCAUCGUAUGGUACAGUGCGGGUUUCGUUCGAUCAGUGCUGUGGCCUUUCUGUUAGGCUCAAGAUAUUUGUGUAAUUUUACUCGUUCCAUCGGGGUGAUUUUUCCUUGUACCAACGGGAAUUCGCGGUUCUCCAGCUUUUCUUCGAAAGUGUUGGUCUGCCGGUAUCCUUGGAAGACAAUGUAUCCUCGAGGAGAGAUCGUGUCCGUAUUCUUCUGAUAUUCUUUAUCCUCCAUGGGCAGACUAUACGGCAAUUCAUUGACUGGCAACGGCACGACACUAGGAACGAUCGAGCAAGCUUAGGAUCAUGGAAUUCUACGACGUGGGAAGCAGCGAUCUCAGGGAACUGUGGGAGUCCUAUCUCUCAGAACCGGGACUCGGCCAGGAUGUUCUCAUGGGAGCCAAAGAGGAAGAAUGGGGCAACGCGUUAAACGUGCGAGAUAAAUCUUCGCUGGGAGUUGUGUUAAGGGAUCGUUUGAUGACGGAUGCCGCCCUCGGAGGUCCACGACCGAUCAAGUCCGAGCACAAUUAUAGUUUGUUGGCGUCGAGUCCUCCUCCAAGCCCCGCGACGCCCGGUGCCAACCCCCAUACACCUAAUUCCGGAUCGUCCGCCGAUAGGGUUGGCGCUUCUCUCUCCACCACUAGUUCCUCCAUCGAUUCUACUAAUCUGGAUCAUCAUAAAUCGUUGGACAUUAGAAGCAGAAUCGAUGAUAUGGAGGAAGAGUGUUUCCCGGCGAUCUCAAUGAAUACCGCGUCGGGACGCGACGAGCUGCCUUCGUCGUCGUCUACGUCGUCUACCUCAACGAUUAUCCUAAAGAGAAGAAACAAUGUAGUACCUGAAGACGUGGAGUGUACAGAGAUCAAAGGUGAACCGAUCAGCGCGCCUAGCAGUCCUUCGGAGUCUUGUCAAACGUCGAUAACCGACGACAAAAGCACGAUAACCAUGGUGUUUCCUCAUACUCUUCAUUUUUCGAAGAAUCACAUGUCGCAGACCAGCGAUAGCGAGGAGGAUGACGAGGAAUAUUAUCAGGGUAUGGAGGUAGAAGAGUACAACGGGGAGGCGAGCGAUGAGAAACAGGCAGAUCUACGCGCGUCCAGGCAGGGCCUACCGCCAACGCCGCCGAGCAGCGCCAGCUCCGACAGCGAGGGCACCGCUUCCGCUUCCUGUUCGCCGGAACGCCGAGAUUCCCAGAGCUCCGCGCACGUACAGAAUCUCAGAGGCCUGCUCACGCCCAGACUUUACAUCACAAACGGCACGCACACCACCAGACAGCCGAUACACACACCCUUGAUUUCCUGUCAACCGAAAGGGUCGACGGGUGUGUUAACGUUGACCGAAGAGGAAAAGCGGACAUUGAUCGCGGAGGGAUAUCCAGUGCCUACGAAACUGCCUCUGACGAAACAAGAAGAAAAGUCGCUGAAGAAAGUCCGUAGGAAAAUCAAGAACAAGAUAUCAGCCCAGGAGUCGCGACGGAAGAAAAAGGAGUACAUGGACGGCCUAGAAAGACGCGUGACAAUGCUCACGAACGAGAACUCCUCUUACCGGGACCGACUAACAGUCUUAGAAGACACGAAUCGCGAAUUACUGAAAGAGCUUCAACGUCUCCAAGCACUUCUUCAACUACAAAACUCGUAGGCGUACCGUUUCGAAAUGAUGUUGAAUAUUAAACUACAAACCGACGAUUUGAGUUGUUAUCAAGAAGACAUUAUAAUCGCGGUCAUAGUGGUCAGAAGGGCGAUUUCGCGAAGACUGGUGGCCGAAUAAAGGGCCUUAGAACGUGUUCCUGAUCGUCGAAUCACGAGUGGUUUUUUUUUUUUUUUAUCUUGUAUGUAGUUUCCUUCGAUCCUUGGACAAUUUGCAAUUUUCUUCGAUUAUAAAAGGGAGAGAAGAAAACUUAGGUUUCCUCGGUGGAUAUCUUUCAAUGAAUAAUCCAUCGAGCUUUUAUGGGAUCAAACGUUCUUGCGGACUAUUUCCCAAACAGACCAUUUUCCAAGGGAACAGUGCAAUUUCCUUUACAUUCCUGUGUAAAGUCUUCCUCGUGUAGCGGAUCGAGCGUCAGUUGAGUAGAACGAUUCGCGAUGAAAAUAUAUUCCUUGGAUACGCCUCGUCUUCCUGUUUUCCUGUAGACAGGAGUCGGCGGAGGGUGCAAUUCUGCCGGGAGUGCCUUGAUUCGCUUAUCUUUCUUCCAUCGCGAACGACGAAUUGAAAACGAAUUUUGUUCUCCUUUCUCUCCUAUUAGAAGUUAGUUUCGUUACGUUUCUGUUAUCGUAUCGCAUCUAAUGAAUCGAAUUUAUCGAAUUGUUACAUAUUGCGUAGAAAGAAUGUGGAGAGAGGUUGAUCUCAAUGCGUAAUACAUCGAGAGCUUAAAAUUGGAGUUGAAAAUCGUAAAGUACAUGCUCUAAAGUGGCUAUAGAGAAGUUAUUCUACGUGUAAAAAUGAAUCGGAAAAGCAAAAAUAAAGUUUUUUCUUUGGAAUCUUCGUUGUUGAGAAAAUCGCAUUUGAAAAUUGAAGCGAGAUAUACGUGCGUUUAAUUGACUCUCGACAGAGCACGUGUCUAUCGAUGGUUUUUUAGAAAACGAGACUUUAAAGCAAACAUGUUAUUUUAUAUUUUCAACGUAUUUUUACACGUAGACUCAACCUUCACAGCAACGAUCCCAUCUUCGUUCGAUUUGGAGCGAAUUGAACAUACACAUAUCCGACCUAUUUUCAAACUCAAUUAUCUCGAAAGUGAAAUGUUAAAUAAAAAAAAUUCAUUCUUUAUUUUUAAUUUAGUUUUGCUUACAGAAUAACCUUCUGCCACUUAUUUUGCAACAUUCGGUACAUGUAACGUUCGUUUCACGCUUUAUUUCGGAAAGUUGACAGAAGCGAUGUCUGAUUUACCUCGGAAAUUGAAAUCAAAAUGUAAAGAAUAAAUUUCUUAAAAUUGAUCGCAUUUCAGUUUCCUUAAAGAAGAAUACAUUUUUAAAGGAUAGCGACACGUAACGAGAUUUGAUAUUAUUAAACGAAGAUCGAUUUCUAGAACGUAACUUUCUUUUCGGCGUUGUUCAUCUUUCAGAGAUAACUUAUUCCACAAAGUUCGAUAAAGCGUAUGGAGAGAGUUUUGAUUCGAUCGAAAUUUCAACAAACGUUCAAAAGACGUGCGAAAUUUAAUUAAACGACAAGGAUUAACCCCCCAAAGGCAGACGUAUAUUAUAUUUUUCCACACUCCGUAGUUACGCUGGGUCAUUUCCAUCCAAGAUAAGUUUCCUUAGUAUUCUGGACUUUCAAAAAUGUAAAAAUAUCUAGAAUACUAAUCGAUGUCUUCACUGUAUAAUAAAGUCAUUUAUCAAGUCAAAUAUUUAAAAUUUCUUUCUAUAAGAAUCCAAAUUUGGAUGAGUAACGACCCAGUUUAAUUACGAAGAGUUAAACUUGUAGCGAGACAUUUAGCGAUAGAUAAGCGUUCGCGCAGACUAUUAAAGUAUUUAGAAGCGUAAGUGCAUUUUCAAUCGAGUGUCGAUUGAUAUUUGUGUUCGCUUGACAGCGACGAUGACUCUUCGAUUUUCGUCCAAAUAAUAUAAUAAAAUUAGGAAACGAAUAUAGAGAACGAAGAAUAGUUAAAAUAUAAUAUUAAGACGACAUACAAUUGAAACGAUAAAUGUCCAACGCGUUAACUAUAUAAAUUAUAUAGAUAAUGAGUGAUUAUAAUUAAUGCGGUAUUUUAUGUAGAAUACGAGAAUUUUAUCUCUGAAUACGAGAUGAUCGUGUACAUCUAUUUUCUCCAGAGAAAAUUUGUUAGAUUGAUAUAUAUAUAUAUAUAGGAAUUUAUUUAUAGAUUAGGAUCCAUUCACGCGAGAUAUAGAUUUGUAUAUUAUAUUUGUAAAAGAAGACGUUUAUUUAACCAUCCGUACGUUGUUGAGAUGGUUCGCACCAUUGUGGUUUUAAGAAGAACUUGUGCAAUGAUAUUGACUUUGAUUAUUUCUUCAAAGAACGCGCCACAGUAUAUAGAUGUAAUUUUUUCGUAGUUCUGUUAUACUAUGAUACUAUAUUACGUGCGGUGUGAUUCGUAAUACGACAAAGGAAGAUAAUUUUUUGGAUUGCAAACAGUUGAGAAACUGCAACGAAACAUGGAAAAUGAAAUUCGAAUCCUUUUUUCUAGAAACAGAUAUUUUUCCAGAAGAAUUGUAUUUUAGACGUAAUAAGCAGGGUGUUUCUCUUUCCUGUUUUUUGAACUUCUUCGAGAUUCUUAAGAUUCUCGCGUUCUUUAUCGAAAAAGUUUAUUU